AUGGGCAGCAACUGUUGCAAGGGUGAUGCCGCCGGCCCCAUCCGGUCCAGCUCCUCGAUCUACUCCAGGUACUUAUGGCUGAUCAUCGUGCUCGCACAGGAGCUCCAAGGAGUCCCUUGGCCACUGCGCCCCACCAAACCCCUCUCUCCAGCUCUUUUCAUUUUCCAAGCGAAGCUCAGUAAGAUCAAGUCUAGCCUAAAUUUCAGGGUGACGUGGUACCGCAACGACCGGCGGCUUAUGGAAGCGGAACGGGUGGCCCUGGUGCGCGACGGGCACUUCUGGUGCGCCGACAUCGCCACCGUCAGCGUCGACGACGCCGGCCGCUGGACUUGUACCGCCGAGAACGCGGGUGGCCGAGCCAGCUGCUCCGCACACCUUAAUGUACUUGUGCCUAAAGCGUACAAGCGGCCGGAGUUCGUGGAGGAGCUACGCGCCCUAUUGACCGAACAGGGCACUGUUUCCCUGGAAUGUAAAGUAGUUGGAGUCCCCACGCCUGUAUUACGUUGGUUCAAGGAUAGUAGAGAAAUCAAGGCCGGUGAUGUAUUUGCGUUAACAGCCAAUGCCGAGGACCCCACAUCUCUGGGCACGUAUACCUGCGAAGCAGUUAAUUGUAUGGGACGCGCUUACUCCUCCUCAAAAGUACAUGUUGUCGGUCGUAGUAGAGAGGGUUCAGCGAAACCCAGCGCAAGCGUAACGCCGGAGCCUCCGCCGAUUUUCACGAAAGAACUAGAAGAUCAAUUCGUGAAAAUAAGCAACCCUCUAAGUCUAAGCUGCCACAUCGUAGUUCCUCCAUGGCCUCGCAGUGUUGUUUGGUACAACAAAGAGGGCAAAGUUGAGGCUAGUGAUAGGUAUCACAUUGUUGAAGACGGCGUUGGCGGGUACUUGCUAGAAGUGUCCUGUGCCGAGUGGGCGGAUGAGGGUGAGUGGAAGUGCGUAGCUACCAGCACCGGCGGCCGCGUCGGCAUCUCCACUUGUUACGUCACUAUGGAUGUCCCAAAGAACUACCGCAAGCCUCGUUUCAUGGAGAACUUGCAAGCUGUCCUGACCGAGGAGGGCUUGGUGUCAUUCGAGUGCAAAGUGGUGGGUUUCCCCACGCCAGUUCUCAGCUGGUUCAAGGACGGUCAGGAACUGAAGCCGGGUGAUGUUUACCAGCUCACCGGAACAAAUUCAUUGGGCUCUUACUGCUGUAUAGCAAAGAACUGUAUGGGCCAUGCGAGCAGCUCGGCAGAACUGACCGUAGAAGAUAUCCAGAACCAACUUAACGAGGAGGAGAAACUCCAGCUCUUCUCCAAAAACCAGGCACCUAAGUUCCUGCAAGGCCUUAAAAGCAUUGAAGCCAAAAUUGAUGAACAAUUCCGAUUUACUAUCAAAGUUGCAAUACCACCCGCGCCUUCAGUGCUAUGGUACCGAGACGACCAGCCCGUCGACGAGUGUUCGCGAUGCCACCAUGGUAGGGAAGAAAAAGGAAUCUUCUAUCUCGACAUCCAGAAUCUCGAGUUCCUUGACCAAGCCGAAUGGAAAUGCGUUGCGACGAAUGACUUCGGUCAUAGUGUCACUUCCUGUUUCCUCAAACUUAUUAUACCCAGGCACUAUAAGAAACCUCGUUUCUUAGAAAAUCUACAAGCUGUCUUAUCUGACGAAGGAGCUGUUAAUCUCGAAUGUAAAGUUAUAGGGGUACCACAACCUGUAUUAAAAUGGUACAAAGACGGAGAAGAACUGAAACCGGGUGACAUCCACAGAAUAAUAUCAGGCCAGGACGGUACAUGCUGUUUGGGUACCUACACUUGUGAAGCUCAAAACUGCAUGGGUAUCGCAUCCAGCUCAGCCUCCCUAUUAGGAAUUGAAGAUUCAAUGAAAGCUAAAAAGAAAAUAGCUGAGGAACAAGCCUUGCAACGGAAUUUAUCUCUUAGUACGAUUCAUGAGGAACGAACGUCACAAAUGUACGACACACCUGUUGGUGACAUCACUUUGGACGACAAAGGAGAAAUAUCUUUCUCGUUUGAUGGGAAAGAAGUGUCGGUUUCACUUUAUGAAACUCCCGACUUGACUGAAGAAGAAGCUCUGCAAAUAGUGGAAAUGUAUGCAGAUCAAUUGUCAGAAAAUGUUACUGAGCACAAUGUUGUAGAGCUCCCGCCUUUGCGAUUUGUCAAAGAAACUUCAACUUCUGGAAAUUUAUUGAUGGAGGCAAUUAUUAUUGACGUCUCUCCAGAAUACUUUGCUUCUGCUGAUGAAGACUUGAGAACAGAAGCCGACAUAGAAGAUAUAUCUAUCGCAGAUGAAAAUGCAGCGCCACAGCUGUCUUUGGACACUGAUUUUGGUGGUGAAGAUUAUUUGGAGAAAACGAUGACUUUACUUUCUGAUGAAAGAGCAGAUUUCCCAAAGAAACCUCAGCGGAAGAAAUCAGACUCCAUGAAAAGUGGGGACGACUUUUUCAGUGUGUCACGAGAACUAUCACUUUCUGAAGAAAAGAAAGAUGACGACACACAAAUUUCAGAGAGUUUUGCGAGUGCGCGCAGCUCAGCAAAAGUCAAAUUAUCGAAACCUUCUGACGAAGAAGCUAAAUCCUAUGAGGUUGCAAAGACGACUGUAUCUAAAGAUGAAAUUGAGAAACAGGAAGUAGAAUUUCAAAAACAGACUUUGGAGGUACAUAAACCAGUCACUGAGGUCUCAAAGCAAUCUUUGGAAAAGGAAAUAGAAGUAACUCAGACACCAGUGACAGAAACUGUUACUCAAGAAAUUUUCGAUCCUGCUGCGGUGAGGCCUAAACGAGAACGCCGCCGUAGUCGCGGUUCUAGAAGAUCUAGUUCUGGUAGUGACAAGUCACUAAGUAGAUCAAGGGAAGAGCCAGUUCAGAAAAAGAUUGAUUCUGUAGAAUCAGCACAAGAGUCAGCAUUUUCUAAAAAGCCUGAGAUAAAUGACGAUGACUUCAAAAAUAAGAUGAUGAACACUAGUUCCAUUAUAUCAAAAGUUAUCAAUGAAAUACAGCUUAUAGAACGGGAUAUUAUACUUAAAUCUGAGUUGAUGUCGUCUGCUGCAACUGCAUCGAGAAGUUUGGAAAUUAUUAACAGUUUAAUAACUCCAUUAUCAAAAAUACAUAGCAUAGUAGAUGCGGUUAUAGUUUCUGUAGCAGAAUCUAAAGAAAUUAGCAGCACAUUAUUUAACAGCUUACCUCAACCUCUCAAAGUGUUACAACAGUCAUUGACAAUUGUUGAAAAAUGUGUUGACGUGGAAAGUGACAAUAAAACUUUAGUUAAGAAAACGUGUGUAGCAUUUAUUGAAAAUUGUGGAAGUAAUAUGGAAAAACUUAUGUCAGACAUUAGUUAUGUUACGAGGAACGAUUACUUACAGACGGAAGACAGAAUCCUUAAUGAAAUAAAUUCCUUAUCCAAAGAAAUUACAAACAUUGUGAAAUAUUCAGCAGAAACAGUUCAAGCCAGAAGCUUAUUAAGUGAAACAAGUGAAGUCAAAACCGACGAACCUUCUUUUGAAUCCAAACAUCUACGAGAUACUCAAAAGGCAGUUUUCGAAUUAAGAAGUCCCCUCAAUUCUCUCUUGUGCAUAGCUGAAAGUGCAGAUAGUGGUAAAACCAUUGAUGUUGCAAAGGUAAAGAGCAGCGAAGUAAUACUUACCGAUAUGUCUGCUUCUAUUCAAGAUUUGCAAAUGGCUUUAGAACAAAUCGAGUCACUAUCGGUUAAAGAAUCAACAACCUCGUUGCAAAGGUAUAAUACACAAAUAAUAGAAACUGUAAUGGAUUCAGUUUUAAAGUUACGAGCUUCUUUCGAACAGCUUUCGACUGAAAGUAGAAGCGAAGAGGACAGAGCAGUGUUAAAACAAGCUUUGGUUUCGGUUAAGCAAAAUUUGAGUGAAAUAUCCUCGCACAUAGAUAAAAUUGAGUCUGAUGUUGGUAUUUUUGAUGUUUUGCAAAGCGACAAUAAAUUGGAAGUUCUUCAAAAGAUGGCACAAAUUCUUAUUGCGCUAGAAAAUAACUUGUCAAGGUUGGAGACUAUACCAGAAGUUAAAACUCACGUAAAUGUGUUUCAUAAGAAUUUAACUAAGGUCCUUGAAAACGUCAUUGAGAGCAAUGAUGCCAGAAAAUACUUUACAUUUAUGGAAAUUUGUGAUGCUGUUAACAGAUUGAACAAUUCAAUAAAGAACGUAGAUAGUGAUCCUGUAUUAUCUUUAGCUAGUCUCACCAACACUUUGAGAAUAAUUCAAGAACAAUUUGUCAGGAAUGUUUUUGAAUCGGAACUGAACUGUUCUAUUCUUAACAACAUCGCUGAUGUGUUAGUUGGUGUGCAAGAAGCAAUUAAUCAUGCCGAAGAAUUAAGUAUUCAGUUAGAUUCUGAAUAUCUUCGGGAUAUAUCCUUGCCAACGUAUGAAGACACGAAAGCUAAAGUAGUUAUUGAACGCAUAGAACAUACGAUAGCAGCUAUAAAUAAUGUAAAAUCGUUAGAGACGACUAAGGAAAUGAAAAUUGCACUCAUGCCGGUAUUUGAAACUAUCGGUCCUAUAUUAGAAGAGCUCAAACAGCGCAUAGCUUCCACAAGACCUAGUGGAAUUGAACUAAACGAAGACGUUUCUGAUUUAACAGAUAUGUCAUUUGCUCAAACUUUAGCCACUCCCAUGUGUGAGUUACACCAAAAUGUUGAAGUUCUUAACCAAAUAAUAGUGGAAAAUCUGGAUAGUUUCAAACAAAACAGUAGUAUUUUAGCUACUAUUGCCGAUCCUCUGCAUGAGUUGCACACCACCUUGGAGAUACUUCAACAGGACGUGAUUUCUCAGUAUCAAGAAGAUGAAAAUAUUUACAAGAUGAGCUUCAGCAUAGCAAAUGCUGUACAAAACCUCCAGAGUUGUAUUGUAAUGAUUCAGGAUCAGGCAGGAAUAGAAGGCGUGGACGAAAUGUCAACUUUGGAAGAUAUUUCUGGUAUAAAAACGACAGCCGACACAAUGCCUUCUGAUCAUUUAGUUCUACCAACUGCAGAACAACUGAUGAUAGAGCAUUCCUUGGAACCAAUGGACCAGGAAAUAGUGUCGUCGGCCACUGCACAAGCACUACAGACUUUGAAUGACCACAUUACAAUAUUACAAACUCCAGAAGUUCUAGAUGCAUUAGAUUCUUUGUCCGAAGUCAGUGAUUUCUCAAGUCUCAAGACUCUUGCUUUAGGGUUGGGAGAGCUACAUAUUGGAAUUGAGGAGAUUCUGCAUCCAGUUGUCAUGGAGCCUUCAAGUGAAAUAGGAAAUUUGAUAAAUACAUCAAAACUGACAGCAAUAGCUGAGCCAAUGCAAGAAUUGCAUCAGAGUUUGUCCGUAUUAGAUACUAGUAACAUUCCAAUAUAUGAAGAAAUUUUAGAAGUAACUACGGAAAGAUUACAUUCCGUAUUAAAAACUAUAGACGAGUUUAAGAAACAGUUGGGUAAAUGCAUACAGGUUAUCUUUCCAGCUAUGGAAACAGCUGAUAAAACAAUUGAAAUAUCGAAUAAAGUGGAAACGUUAAGAGAAGUGUGUGAAAAUUUAAAGAGCAUUAUUAAAACUACUAAAACUGUGUCUUACGGUGCUCCUGUGAAACAAGAAGUUCUUGAAUUAGAAAAAACAGUGAAUAAUCUACUCGACGCUACAGAUGUAUCAAAAGGGAUUAAAAUUGAUUAUGUUAAGUUUAUAACGGAAGAACUCUAUCAAAACAUCAUUACUGUCCAAGAAGAAAUAAUACAAUUUACUCCGCGAAAUCCUGAAAAGUUAACUGAAGAAGCCAAACUUAUUCAAACUAUAGAUGACAUUGAAAGUAACAUUGCCGUUUUAGAGCAAUAUGAAUUUGUUGAUCUAUCGCGCGUUUCUGACAUCACAUCUUGCACAUCACCACAGUUAGCAAUAGAAUUGGAUUCCGAUCCAUUAGUGCAAAUGGGUGACAUUGUGGAGAAUGCCGUAAACGUUGCCCAAGAUUCUGCUCAAGAAACCUCUGUAGCGGAUUUAAUGAUAUUAGAAGAUUUCUUUAAGACGUGCAAAAAUGAAUUUACUAUUUUAAGAUGUUUGAUGAAUAAGCAGCCAAGCCACAAAAAGGUCAUAAGGUUGCUUCAAGAAUUUAAUUCCUUGCAAAAUACGAUAAAUAUAUUUAGAACAAAGAGAAACGAACUUACACUAUGCGACGACAUAGACAGUUAUUUAACGACCUUUCUGAUUCAUGCUGAUGAAUGCUUGAGCAGUGUACAAAAAUCUUUGAUAAAAAUAGUCAAAUCUCAAUCAGAAGUAUUAGUUAAUAAUCCUCUUAAAAAAAUUGAAGACGCCAAGGAGGUACUGAAAUCACUACCAGAACGAAAAAUAUCUCCUCAAAUAUUAUUAUUGGCUAAAAAAUUUGACGAAGUAAUUGAAACUUCUAAACCUUGCAUAAAAAAUUUAGAAACUAAUGUUAUUAAUGAGUUACAAGAUGUUAGUCCUCGUACCAAUGCCGAAGACCAAAUUUUGUCGGACAAAAUGGAUGAAAUUAUAUUUUUCAUUGAAGACCAAACUUUUGAAAACCUGGGUGUAGAAUCAAAAGAUGUUAUGGAAAAAGUACUGACAUGUUUGCACAGACAUGCAGAAUACAAGGACGCUACAGGCACUGGUAAGACACUAAUUAUUCUAAAAUGUCUUGCUGAAUGUUCUGAAUUCCUGCAAGAAACAAUAUUAGAGAAGAAAACAACAGCAAUAGAAGUUAAGACUGAAGAAAGUACUCUCAAGGCAGUAUUGACAGAAAUGCUUGAACCUCUUCAUGCACUUCAUGGCCAGCUAAUCAACGUUCAAAAACAAAUUAUAUCAGGUGUGGAAGAAGAUUCUGCUUCUAUUGACUUAGCAUCUACCGAAUCUCUAGUACAGACUAUGGCUGAAAUACACAAAGAAAUUCAACAAGUUGAAUCUGAAAAAGUUAUUGUGGACGACGAAGAGAUAUCUCUCAUAGCGGAAAUGGACAAGGAAAUACAUUCAAUACAAAACAGUAUACGCUCUAUGGAAAACGUGCAUGCUCCUCAGUUGAAGGAAAUAUCCAAACCGAUAGAAGAAAUAGAAAAAUCCCUUCACAAAAUUUUGUCUUCUGGGAAAGUAACUACCGAAAGUGAAGGCAAACUUCCAACAGCUUAUCAGCUCUUAACAGAGCUUAAUCAUGUUGAUAACCAAUUACAAAAUAAGCAAACAAUUGAAGAUACUAAAGAUGAAGAAAAGGCUAAGGAACUUGUUCAACAUAUCGAGCAAUACAUAGAAUUGAUAGAAAUAGUUGAAGAAAUAUCUGCAGUGAUAAACAUUGAAAACCUACAAGAAACUGCAAAUAUUGCCCGAGAAUUACGAGAAAGUAUCGCAGCUACGGAACCGAUUGUUGAAAUCAAAACAGGAAACAUAGUUCACGAAAUUAAUUCAGAGCAACUUCAUUUAUCUCACAAACUUCAGAGAGCGAUAUCAGCUUUGCUUGUUGAAGUUUACGAUUGUGCUCAAGAAUUGGCUCCGAGAAUCGGAGAAGAAAUAUUACAACGUAUUGCUAGUGUUACUGCUCAUUUGCAAGCCGAUUUAGUUGCUGUCACUGGGAUGAAUGUUGCCGUUCAAGCCCCUGGUAAUUUUAUGGUAGAGGAAGAAGGACUUUUUGAUACGUUACACAAACCCACUCGAAUAGAAAGAGUUAUGUCUAUUUCCACGAAUGGCAUUGCUGAAAGCUCUGAAACGGUAGUCCUUGAAAACGUUGAAAUUGUAGACAAUAUUGUCGCACCUAUUGAACAUGCAAACGCUGCUGCACAUUCGGUGAACGAAAAUGUUGCAGCAGAAUCCCUUAUGUCUCAAGUGCAAGAAACUACUGAAGUUCUAGAUCAAGUUUUAACCCAAGGAAUUGAUUCAUUACGGGUUACACAUGAAAUAGAUGUUGAGAAUUCUACUAGGCCUGCUUUAGAACAAAUGACAUUGAUUGAAGAAAAAGUCAUUUCUACAGAAGCUGCUGUUAAAGCGAAUGAUGCACUUAACGCAGUUUCUAACGAAGAAGUAUUAGUAGAAUCAGAAAUCAACAAAAUAUGGCCUGCUGGGUCAGACAGUGGAACCGAACAGCAUUCAGUAAAAGAAGAAAUUGAAGAAAGUAUAAACUUAAAUGAAAUACUUUUACAACACCUCGAUGAAUACACAUCCGUGGACGUAAUAGAAGCUCUAAAUAAACUGUCAGUAAUAGUAAAUACUGAAGAACUAAAACAGUCGGUGCCUAUAGCGUGCGAGCUACGUGAGAGCAUUGCAGCCAAUCAAAGGAUAGCGACUGCAGAAUCAAGUGGCAAGCUGAGUGAGUUAGUGAAAAGUGAGCAGGUACUGUUGGCACAGAAGCUGCGGAACGCUUUAAAUACACUACAGGUACUGGCUAUAGAACAUGUCUCCGAGCUUGGAUAUGAAAUCGGUGAUCGAAUGUUACAACGGGUUGCUGAAGUUAUAAUUCAGCUUGACAAAGACCUCAACACUGUUAUCGCAACAGUAAACGAAACCGUACAAGAAAAAAUAAUGAAAGAACAAGUUACACAGGGUAUUAAGGAGGAAGGUACACCAGUUAUGGCUUUAGCAGACCAAGAAAUAGUGAGAGAAGAAUUGCUGCCCAUAACUGCUAUACGAGGCACAGCAGUUGAGGAACAAAUUACUGCAAUCGAUAGCACGUAUGUAAUUGAGGAAGCGACUCAUUCCGAAGAUAAAAUGUCGAAAGAUAAACAAGAAAACUUAAUUGAUGUGGAAACAAUAGAUAAUGCAACUGUGACGAAUGGAACACCGAUGCAAGGAAUAAUUUUAAAACCAGCAAACGAGAAAAUUGUUGAUGACAGUAAAGUUAAUACAACAGGAAAGAGUAUCGGAGUAAACGAAACUCUUUUGCAACAUAUUGAAGAAUAUGUCUCAGAAGAAUUAUUGGAAGUUCUUGACAGGCUCGCAGAGGUAGCUAAUGUUGAGGAGUUGAAACAAUCCGUAAACAUAGCGUGCGAACUGCGCGAGAGCAUUCUGACUAAUUGUAAUAGAUUGGACACGGUAAUGAGUAGUGAGUCAAGUGAUGCUGGAGCACAACCCCAACAAGCGCAUUUAGCUCAUCAAUUGCAGAGCGCUCUGACGACGCUCCAGGUUUUGACUCUAGAUCACGCUCCAGCGCUUGCGACCUCGAUAGGCGAUCAAACGUUGCAGCGGGUGACUGAAGCCGCCUCUCAGCUGUUCGAGGAACUAACUGCAGUUGUUAGCGCAACGCAAAUCGCUGUACAACAAUCGGAUAUUACAAAUAAGACGGAACAUACAAUUUUCAAGGAAUCGCGUAUUGUAGAUAGGUCCACCGAACAGAACGAAAAAUCAAUGGUUUUUGAGGAAGCAGUUACAGUUCAAGAAGAUGUAGCUCUCGAAGAGGAGGCUACCAAAUCUGCUGAUAAGCCAGUAGCAUUUUUAGCCACUCAAGCAACUAUUGCAGAAGUAGAAUCACAACUUACGGAAAAUAUAGCCGAAACCAUACCAAAAGUUUUUGAACAAGGCAUUUCCAUGGAAAGUACAGACACCAUUUCACCGUUGAUAGAAAAAACUAAAGUUGAAGAAAGUCCAAGGAUCGUUGCAGUGGACUCGGUAUUAACAGAUUCUGAUGAAACAGCUGUUAGACAGCAAGCAGUAAAUGAGAGUAAGAGUGAAUUCAUCGUCGAUGAAAAAAUAGUUGAAGUUGCUGUUGUAGUAAACACAGAAGAUAUUCCCGUAAAAGACGUUCGAGAGGAUACCGAUCAUCUAGCAACCAACGAGAGUGUGGAAAAACAUGACGAUGAAGUUAAGGACACAGCUAUAAUUGACAAAGAAAUCGAAAGAUCAGCGCCGACUUCUGAUACACUCAUACAACUCCUUGAAGAAUACAUAUCCGAAGAUUUCGUAAAAGCUCUAGAUAAGAUGUCUGUUGUACCGAAAACUGAAGAGCUAAAACAGUCAUUGCACGUUGCGUAUCAGCUACGUGAUAGUAUUGCAGCUAAGCAGGAGAGUACCGCUGCGGAAACUGUUAGCGAACUAAACAACAUCGCAAUAAAUGAGCAAAUUCAGUUGGCGCAACAGUUGCAGAGUGCUCUAACUGCACUACAAGUAAUCGUUCUCUAUAAUGCCCCUCAAUUGGCUCCUGUGAUAGGAGAUCAAGUAUUACAGCGCGUGGCAGAAGUCGCCACUCAGCUGCACGAGAAUCUUGUUACAGCCAUUACUGCAACGCAAGUCGCAGCGCAGCAAGCAGAUUUCGCAUAUGAUGAAACACAGCAAGUAAUGCAUAAGAAACAAAUUACAGUUGAUACGUUGCCUAUUACGGCAGGACAUGAAGAAAAACCGACGGAAUCGGGUAAAACGAUUACAAUGGGUGAUGAAUUAAUUCUCAAAGCCCAGGUUACAGAAACUACCUCGGAGCCAGUUGCAUCAUUGACUAUUGUAUCGGAAAAAGCAUUUAUGUUGGAAGGGGAAUCACAAGUAAACGAAGAUGCCAAAGAAACUGCAACUGUCGUUUUCGAACAAGUUGCUUGUAUUGAAAAUAUUGAUAAUGCUACUGUAGUGGAAAUGAAACAAAUGGUGGAUGAAAAUAUUCCCACUGAAUGCGUAGCCAUGGAGUUCGAUUCGAAAGUAUUAGUACCUACGGAAACAGUUGUGCCAACACAACAAAAAGUUGCAAUAGAUGAGGUAAAGAGCGCAGUCGCCGACGAUAACAAAGCGAAAGAAAUUAUCGUUGUGCUGGAAAACGAAGCUACUUUGCAAGACAGUGAGAAUCUUGAAUUUGAUAAUAACAAAGUAACCAGCUAUAUUAUUAGUGAAGACGAAGUAAAAGAUUCGGCAAAAUCUGAUGAAGUGGUCGAAGUUUCGGCGUUCAUAAUUGAUGUACUUUUACGUCAUAUCGAUGAAUACUUAUGCGAAGAAUUAGUGGAGUCGUUAAAAAAGUUGUCUGUAACAGCAAAAACUGAAGAUAUAAAACAAUCAGUGCAUAUGGCGGGUGAGCUACGUGACAGUAUUGUAGCUAAUCAGAAGAGUGCAACCGCAGAGUUGAGCGGCCAGGUGACUGACGCUGUGAAAAAUGAACAAAUUCUGUUAGCACAACGUCUUCAGAGUGCGCUUUCUACUGUAAAAGUACUUGUUCUAGAUCAGGCACCCGACCUCGCGACUGCGAUUAGUGAUCAAACAUUGCAGCGCGUAGUUGAAGUCGCCACUCGUUUACACGAAGACCUUGCUGCAGUAGUUACUUCAGCGCAAGUUGUAUUACAACAGUCAGAUAUUGCAAAUUGUGAAACCCAACAAGAAACCCUUAAAGAAUCGGAUGAAAAGGCGGUUCUUCAUGAAACAAUUGAAAAAGAAGUCGUACUUGGAAAGUUCGCUACAGAAACGGCCGUGGAGCCAGUUGCAUCAUUGGCCGCUAAGUCGGAAAAUGUAGUUGUACUAGAAGCGGAACCACAACUUAAAGGUGAUGCUACAGAAACUACAGCCGAGCAAGUUGCAUCUAUGGACAGUACUGACAAUGAUGGCAUUGUAGAAAUGAAACAAUCAGUAGACGAAAUGAUUUCCACUGCAUGUGUAGAAGUGAGUAAAGUGAAGACAAUGGAGUUGAACUCAGAAGUAUUAGUACUUACGGAAUCGUUUAUACCUACACAGCAACAAGUUGCAAUAGAUGAAACAAAAUGCGUAGUCAUCGACAAUGUUCCGCUGAAAACUGAAGUAUCUUUGGAUGAAAAUGUCUAUCUCGAAGCUUCUCAUACGGAAGCACUAACAACGUCAUUGACUGAUGACGAUAUUAGUGCAGAUGAAGUAAAGGAUUCUACAAAAACAGUAAAAGCGAUCGACGUUUCAGCGCCGCCAACUGAUACACUUCUGCACCAUCUUGAGGAAUACCUAUCGGAAGAAUUGGUGGAAGCGUUAGACAAGCUAUCGGAAGUAGGGAAGAUUGAAGAGUUUAAACAGUCAGUACAAGUAGCGAGCGAGUUACGUGACAGUAUUGUAGCUAAUUUAAAUAUUGUGCUUGCGGAGCCGAGCGACCAGAUAAGCGGCGCUGUUAAAAGUGAGCAAGGUUUAUUGAUGCAGCAGCUACGGACAGCUCUUUCUGCGUUACAAGUACUGGUUUUGGAUCAUGCACCCGAAAUUACUCCUGUGGUGAGCGAGCGAGCAUUGCAGCGCGUAGCAGAAGUCACCAAUCAGCUUCACGAUGACCUUUCUAGAAUUGUUACCGUAGCGCAAGUCGCACAAACAGACAUUGCAAACUGUGAAAUCGAGCAAGAAAUCCUUAACGACUCGUUUAUGCUUGAAAAUUCGUCUAUAUUGACAGGACAGGAAGGAAAACCGGCAGUUGUUCAUGAAACGACUGCAUUUGAAAAAGAAGUAGUACUCGAAGAGCAGGCUACAGAAAUUGCCUUGGAGCCAGUUGCCUCAUUGGCUGCCAAAAUGGAAAACCUGGUUAUUCUGGAAGCAGAAUCACAAUUAAAAGAUGAUGCCAAAGGAACUGAAAUCUCCGUGCAAGUAGCGAGCGAAUUACGUGACAGUAUUACGUCUAAUUUGAAAAUCGUGUCUGAGGAGUCUAGUAGGCAGAUAAGAUGCGCCGUACAAACUCAACAACUUCCGUUAGUGCAGCAGCUGCAGAGUGGUCUUUAUGCGCUACAAUUGCUGCUUCUAGAUCAUGCACCCGAACUUCCUCCUGUGAUUGGUGAUCAAGCACUGCAGCAUGUGGCAGAAGUGGCCGCUCAGCUUCACGAUGACCUUGCUACAUUUGUAGCCGUAGCGCAAGUCGCACAAACAGACAUUGCAAAUUGUAAAACCAAGCAGGAAAUCCGUAAAGACUCGAUUAUGCUUGAAAAUUUGUGUAUAAUGACAGAACAGGAAGGAAAACCGGCAGUUGUUGAUGAAACGACUGCAUUUGAAAAAGAAGUAGUACACGAAGAGCAGGCUACAGAAACUGACGUGGAGCCAGUUGCCUCAUUGGCCGCCAAAACGGAAAGCCUAGUUAUUCUGGAAGCAGAAUCACAACUAAAAGAUGAUGCCAAAGGAACUGAAAUUGUCAUUUUUGAACAACUUUCUUCUGUGGACACAAAACAAACAAAAGAUGAAACUAUUUCUGCUGAAUGUGUAGCAGUGAGUAAAUUGGAAACCAUGACGUUGGACUCAGAAAUAUUAGUACCUACGGAAACGUUUGUAGACACAGAGCAACCAGUUGCAAUAAACGGCACAAAGGCCGUAGUCAUCGACAAUGACAAAGUGGAAAACGUUGGUGUUUUACUAAAAACAGAAGUCACUUUGAAUGAAAAUGUCAACCUUGAAGCUCCUAAUAAUGAAGCCGCCACUAAUAUUGUUAGUGAAGACGAAGUAAAAAUAUCAGCUAAGUCUGACAAAGUGGUCGAAAUUUCAGCGACGAUAACUGAUAAGUUAUCAGAAGUAGGGAAGACUGAAGAGUUUCAACAGUCAGUACUAAUAGCGAACGAGUUAUGUGACAGCAUUACGUCUAAUUUGAAAAUCAUGGCUGAGGAGUCUAGUAGGCAAAUAAGAGGCGCCGUACAAACUGAACCAGUUCCGUUGGCGCAGCAGCUGCAGAGUGGUCUUUAUGCGUUACAAAUGAUAUUUCUAGACCAUGCACCCGAACUUCCUCCUGUGAUUGGUUAUCAAGCAUUGCAGCGCGUGGCAGAAGUCGCCACUCAGCUUUACGAUGACCUUUCUACAGUUGUUGCCGAAGCGCAAGUAGCAUUACUACAAACGGGCAUUGCAAAUUGUAAAACCGAACAAGAAAUUCUUAAAGACUCGUUUGAAAAUUCGUCUACAAUGUCAGGAAGGAGUCAGGAAGGAAAACCAACAGUUCAUGAAACAACUAAAUUUAAAAAAGAAAUGGUACUCGAAAAGCAUGCUACAGAAACUGACUUGGAGACAGUUGCUUCAUCGUCUGUCAAAACGGAAAACGUGGUUAUUCUGGAAGUGGAAUCACAACUUAAAGAUGGUGUCAAAAAAACUGAAGAAGUCAGUUUUGAACAAGUUGCUUAUAUAGACAGCGUUGACAAUGCUGCUAUUGUGGAAAUAACACAAACAGAUGAUGAAACUAUUUCCGCUAAAAAUGUAGCAGUGAGUAAAGUGGAAACCAUGACGUUGGACUCAGAUGUAAUAAUACCUACGGAAACGUUUGUAGCCACAGAACAUCAUGUUGUAAUAGACGACACAAAAGGCGUAAUCGUCAACGAUGACAAAAUGAAAGAAGUUGAUGUUUUACUGAAAACUGAAGCUACUUUGGAUGACAAUGUCAACCUUGAAGUUUCUAAUAAGGAAGCAGCCUGUGAUGUCAUUGGUGUCGAUGUACUAAAAGACCCUACAAAAUAUUUAAAAGCGAUCGAUGUUUCAUCGCCGACAGUUGAUACACUUUUACACCAUCUCGAGGAAUACAUAUCGGAAGAAUUGGUAGACACUUUAGAUAAGUUAUCAGAAGUAGGUAAAGCUGAAGAGUUUAAACAGUCAGUGCAAGUAGCGAGCGAGUUACGUGACAGCAUUGUAGCUAAUUUAAAUAUUGUGACUGCAGAGCCGAGCAACCAGAUAAGCGGCGCUGUAAAAAGACAGGAAGGAAAACCGGCAGUUGUUCACGAAACAAUCACAUUUGAAAAAGAAGUAGUACUCGAAGAGCAGGCUACAGAAACUGACGUGGAGCGGAUUGCCUUAUUGGCUGCUAAAACGGAAGAUGUGGUUAUUCUGGAAAUAGAAUUACAACUAAAGAAUUAUAUCAAAGAAACUGGAGAUGUCAGUUUUGAACAAUUUUUUUAUAUUGAUAGUGCUAACAAUGCUGCUAUUGUGGAAAUGAAACAAACAGAAAACAAAACUAUUUCCGCUGAAAGUGUGGCAUUGAGUACAGUAGAAACCAUGACGUCAGACGUGUUAGUACCUAAGAAAACGUUUGUAGCCACAGAGCAACAAGACAUAAUACACGACAAAAAAGGCGUAGUGAUCGACGAUGCUAAAGUGAAAGAAAUUGAUGUUUUUCUGAAAAUAGAAAUUACUUUGGAUGACAAUGUCAACCUUGACGCCUCUAAUAAGGAUGCAACCGGUGAUAUCGUUAGUGUCAAUGAAGUAAAGAACUCUGCAAAAUCUAUAAAAUUGUUCGAUGUUUCAUCGCCUGCAACUGAUACACUCCUACAUCAUCUUGAGGAAUACAUAUCGAAAGAAUUGGUGGAAGCGUUAGAUAAGUUAUCCGAAGUAGCGAAGACUGAAGAGUUUAAACAGUCAGUGCAAGUAGCGAGCGAAUUACGUGACAGCAUUGUAACUAAUGUAAAUAUUGUGGCAGCGAAGCCGAGUGACCAGAUAAGCGGCGCUGUAAAAAGUGAACAAGGUCUAUUGGUGCAGCAGCUACAGACAGCUCUUUCUGCUUUACGAGUACUGGUUUUGGAUCAUGCACUGGAACUUACUCCUGUGGUCAGCGAGCGAGCAUUGCAACGCGUGGCAGAAGUCGCCACUCAGCUUCACGAUAACCUUUCUACAGUUGUUGCCGUAGCGCAAGCCGCACUACUACAAACAGACAUUGCAAGUUCUGAAAUCGAGCAAGAAAUCCGUAAAGACUCAUUUAUGCUUGAAAAUACGUCUAUAAUGACAGGACAGGAAGGAAAAUCGGCAGUUGUUCAUAAAACAAGUACAUUCGAAAAUGAAGUAGUACUCGAGGAGCAGACUGCAAGUACUGACGUGGAACCAGUUGUUUCAAUGGGCGCCACAACGAAAAACGUGGUUAUUCUGGAAGCGGAAUCACACAUAAAAGAUGAUGCCAAAGAUACUGGUUUCGUCGGCUUUGAAUACGUUGCUUCUUUGGGCAGUGCUGACAAUGCUUCUAUAACGGACACGAAACAAACAGAGGAAGAAACUAUUUUCGCUGAAAGUGUAGCAUUAAGUAAAGUGGAAACCAUGACGUUGGACUCAGAUGUAUUAGUAUCUACGGAAGCGUUUGUAGUCAAAGAGCAAGAAGUUGCAAUAGACGACACAAAGAGCGUAGUCGUCGACGAUGACAAAGAAAAAGACGUUGGUGUUUUGCUAAAAACAAAAGCUACUAUGGAUGAUAAUGUCAAAUUUGAAGCUCCUAAUAAUGAAGCAGCCAGUAAUGUUAUUAGUGCGAAUGCAGUAAAAGGCUCAAUAAAAUCUAACAAAGUAGUCGAACUUUCAGCGCCGAGAACUGAUACACUUUUACACCAUCUCGAGGAAUACAUAUCGGAUGAAUUGGUGGAAGCGUUAGAUAAGUUAUCGGUAGUAGGGAAUACUGAAGAGUUUAAACAGUCAGUGCAAAUAGCGAGUGACCUACGCGAGAGCAUUGUGUCUAAUUUGAAAAUCGUGGCUGAAGAGCGUAGUGGCCAGAUAUUUGGAGUUGUACAAACUGAACAAGUUCCGUUGGUGCAACAACUGCAGCGUGCUCUUUCUGCGUUGCAAGUACUGGUUCUAGAUCAUGCACCCGAAUUUGCUCCUAUGAUUGGCGAUCAAGCAUUGCAGCGCGUGACUGAAGUCGCCACUCAGCUUCACGAUGACAUUUCUACAGUUGUUGCCGAAGUGCAAGUCGCAUUACUACAAACGGGCAUUGCAAAUUGUAAAACCGAACAAAAAAUUCUUAAAGACUCGUUUGAAAAUUCGUCUACAAUGUCAGGAAGGAGUCAGGAAGGAAAACCAACAGUUCAUGAAACAAUCACGUUUGAAAAAGAAGUAGUACUCGAAGAGCAGGCUACAGAAACUGACGCGAAGCCAAUAUCCUCAUUGGUUGUCAAAACGAAAAACGUGGCUAUUCUUGAAGCGGAAUCACAACUAAAAGAUUAUGCCAAAAAAACUGAACACGUUAGUUUUGAAGAAGUUGCUUAUAUAGAUAGUGCUGACAAUGCUGCUAUUGUGGAAGUAAAACAAACAGAAGACGAAACUAUUGAAACUGCUAAAAGUGUAGCAGUGAGUAUAGUGGAAACCUUGAUAUUGGAGUCAGACAUAUUAGCACCCACAGAAAUGUUUGUGGACACAGAGCAACACGUUGCAAUAGACGACACAAAAGACAUAGUCUUUAGCGAUGACAAAACGAUGAUGAAAACAGAAGUUACUUUGAAUGACAAUGUCAACCUUAAAUCUUCUAAUAUGGAACCAGCGUGUGAUGUUGAUGAAAUAAAGGACUCUUUAAAAUCUGUAAAAGCGAUCGAUGUUUCUUCGCCGACAACUGAUACACUCCUACACCAUCUCGAGGAAUAUAUAUCGAAAGAAUUGGUGGAAGCGUUAGAUAAGUUAUCAGAAGUAAGGAAGACUGAAGAGUUUAAACUGUCUGUGCAAAUAGCGAGCGAGUUACGUGACAGAAUUGUAGCCAAUUUGAGUAUUGUGACUGCGGAGCCGAGCAACCAGAUAAGCGGCGCUGUAAAAAGUGAGCAAAGUCUAUUGGUACAGCAGCUACAGAUAGCUCUUUCCACGUUACAAGUACUGGUUUUGGAUCAUGCACCCGAACUUACUCCUGUGGUCAGCGAUCGGGUAUUGCAGCGCGUGGCAGAAGUCGCCACUCAGCUUCACAACGACCUUUCUACAGUUAUUGCUGUAGUGCAAAUGGCUCUACCACAAACGGACAUUGCAAAUUGUGAAUCUGUGCAAGAAAUCUUUAAAGAUUUGUUUAUGCUUGAAAAUUCGUCUUUAAUGACAGGACAGGAAGGAAAACCGGCAGUUGUUCACGAAACGACUACAUUUGACAAAGAAGUAGUACUCGAAGAGCAGGCUACGGAAACUGACGUGGAGCGGGUUACCUUAUUGGCUGCCAAAACGGAAAAUGUGGUUAUUCUGGAAGCGGAAUCACAACUAAAAGCCGACGCCAAAGAAACUGGAAUCGUCAGUUUUGAACAAGUUGCUUCUUUGGAUAGUACUGACAGUAUUGCUAUUGUGGAAAUGAAACAAAUGGUACACUUAGUACCUACGGAAACGUUUACAGCCAUAGAGCAACAACUUGCAGUAGGUGAAACAAAGGGCGUAGUUGUCGACGACGAUAAACUGGAGAAGGAAGAAGUUGGUGUUCUUCUGAAAAAAGAAGUCAUUUUACAAGAAUGUGUAACCCUUGAAGGACAUAAUAACGAAGCAGCUAGUAAUAUUAUUGGUGAGAAUGAAGUAAAAGGCUUAGCACAAUCUGACAAAGUGGUCGAAGUUUCAUCGCCGACAACUGAUACACUGUUACACCAUCUCGAGGAAUACUUAUCGGAAGAAUUGGUGGAAGCGUUCGAUAAGUUAUCGGCGCUAGGGAAAAUUGAAGAGUUUAAACAGUCAGUGCGCGUAGCGGGCGAGCUACGUGAAAGCAUUAUAACCAAUCAGGCCAUUAUAUCUGCCGAACCAAGUGGCAAGAUAAGUAGCACCUUAAAAGAAGAGCAGAUUCCAUUGGCACAGCAGCUGCAGAGCGCACUUUCUGCGCUACAAGUGAUGGUUCUUGAUCACGCAGAGGAACUUGCGCCCGUGAUCGGUGAUCAAACUUUACAACGCGUGGCUGCACUCUUCACUCAGCUUCACGAGCAAAUUGCAGGCCUACAGGCAGAUUUUACUAAUUCUGAAAACAAGCACGAAAUCCUUAAGGAAUUAAUUAAGGAUGACAAGUCGACUAUAAGGACAAUACAAGAUGAUAAAUCGAAAGCAUUUGAUAAAUCCGUUACGUUUAAAAAUGAAGUAGCUCUUUCAAAAGAGCAGGCUACAGAAACUGUCGUGGAGCCAGUUACGUCAUUGGCUACUAAAUUGGAAAACGUAAUUGUGCUGGAAGCGGAGUCACACCUAAAUACUGUUACAAAAUUGGAAGACGAAAUUAAAGACUCUACAAUGACAGAUGUUGAAGUCAAAGUUGAAACGCCGACGGAUACACUCUUACAGCACCUUGAAGAAUAUGUAUCAGGUGACGUAUUGCAAGCACUAGAUAGGUUGUCGGUAGAAGCGAACGCUGAAGAGUUGAAACAGUCGGUGCGUAUUGCCUGUGAGCUGCGGGAGUGCAUUGUGCACAGCCAACACUGUGUGGACACUGAAAUUUGUACCGAGCAGGGUAACCACUCGCGAUGUGAGCAGAUGCAGAUAGCGCAGCACCUACAAAACACCUUGACAGCGCUACAGGUACUGGUAAAAGAUUGCUCACAUGAUCUCACUGUGAUUAGCGGUAAUGCGUUACAGAAAAUUGCUAAAGUCGCUGGUGAGCUCCAAGAUGACCUUACUUUAUUCGUUGCUGUAGUAAAACAAGCAGAGAUCGGAAAUGAGAUCGAGCAAGAACAAGAACGUGUUCGGAAAUUGGGCAAUGAAUACAUUAAACAAGAAGAUAAAGUAACAAUUUCCGAAGAACUAGUUUCCUCUGAAAAUGACAUAGCAGGUAACAAGCAGGCUAUUGAAACCAUUGUUCCACUGAUGAGCGUUGUGCUUGAUGAAGCAGUCAAUGUCGAAGCGGAAACUCCUUUUAGAGAAGAUAAAGAGGAAAAUACAGCCUUAGUUAUCGAACAAGAUACUUUCAUUGAAAACAUCUCCUCUGCUGCCAAUGAAAUAGCCCAAUCGACGGAUAAAACUAUGGCUGCUGAUGAACGAGUAGCGGUCAGUGGAGUGGAAGCAGCGAAAUUCCAAUCAGAGGAAUUAGUUCCUCCUAAGACAGUUGAUGUACAAGACAACAUGAAGAACCUAAUCGGCGAUGAUAAAUUAGCAGAAUUUGGUGCAGCUGUGGGGACUGAAACUGUUCAUGUACAAAUUGCUCAAUGUGAGGGUGCAGAUUUGGCAGUAGCCAGUGAAGUUAUUCAUAAAGAAGGGGUGAUUCCAACUCAAGUUAUAGUUGCUGAACAAAGCCUCAUAAGACAUAUAGAAGAAUUAAUUUCUACCGAAACAUUGGAAGCAGUGGACAAAUUAUCCGCUCUACCCAACUUUGAAGAGCUAAAGGUAUCUUUAAACGUUGCAAAAGAAUUGCGGGAUACCAUUGCUGCAAUUGAAGUCCUCACUGGUUCUGAGGAAACUGUUGCUGUAGCGGAAGAGGCACGAAUCGAACAAGCAAAGCUUGAAAACAAAUUGCAGGAUAUUCUAACUUACGUACAAGUUCUUGCAUUUGACACGGUAGAAGAAGUUUCUCCAAGCAUCGAUCCGGAGCUUAUACAAAAAGUUGCAGAUUUAGUCACGCAUUUGCAAGAAGAUUUAAUAAGCGCUACAGCUGUUAAAACUGAUAGAGUGACAUCUGUCACUGAACUGGAUUCUAUGCAGCGGCUUGAAAGCUUGUUACAAGACGUCAGCGAAAAAAUUAAUAUAUCAUCAGAAGGCAGGUCUGCUGAAGAUAAUGAGAUCCUACGAGAUUCUCUGGAAGAAGUACAAACGGUCAUCAUUAAGCUCAAGAGAGAUACUGAUGGUUCUACUGAUGACACUCUCAAUGAAACUCUUGAGGAUUUAGAGUGCAAUGUGAGGAGUGUUCAAUUACAAAUCAAUGAAGAAAGCCCCCCGGAACUGUUGCAAGAGGCUUGUGCUACUCUUCAGCUGUUAGCAAAAAAUAUGACUACAACUCAAGAGGAACAAGCUUACAAAACUGUAGCGAAGGAAACUAAGCCUCAAAACACGCUAGAAAAAUGUUCACUUGAGACACAAGAAACAGUAAAUCUUUUAGAAGAUGCAUCUAAGUUUGAAACGAAAGGUCAAAGUCAACUCAAUGAUAUUGUUUCUAAUCUUAAUAAUGUCAAGGAUAUUCUAAAGACGCUACGUGUAAGCUUUUUAAGUGAUGCGGAUACACUUAUUGAGAAAGGCGUAGAAGUUUCUCAAUGUUUGAAUCAAAUAGAAGACAAGGUAUUUUCUUUAGAGAAGGACAUCGAAUCAGAAGCGAACUUGUCACCUAUCAUAAAAGAAAACAUUUUAUUAGCAGUACAUUCUGUUUACGGCAGCAUCUCUAAUAUGCGCAGUACUAUUUCCAGUAUACAAAAACAGUAUAUGUACGAAAAUUAUGGAAAACCUUCAGAAUUAUUUCUUCGAUCCAUAAAGAAUGUUACAACAAUAUCUCAAGCUGAUGAACAUGCCAUGCAUAAAUCUGAUUGGAAAAAGUUUUCAAAGUCUUUGAGGAACGCGUUGAAUCAUUUUGAGGAUGUUAAAUUCUAUGUUAAUCUUGAUAAGACCGCGAGGCUACCAAGUGACGCAGCGUUUACUAAAAUUAUUUUAGAGGAACUAAAAACCAAUAUCCGUGAAUGUGUGUUACCCCGUGUAGCAGUUAUAGAUCCUUCACUAUCCAUAAAUGCUCACGUCGCUUUAAAUUAUAUAGAUAGCUACCUAGGUUCUAUCGAAUCCAGACAAACUUUAGAAGUAAAAGAGAAAAUUCCAAUAUUUAAAAAUAUUGCAUCAAAAAUUCUUGUGAUUACUGAGUCUUUCAAAGAUAAAAUAGAAGCAAAAGAAACAGGUGCUGAAGAAGACAAAAUCGAAUCAAAUGAUGAAAAGAUGAUCGAAGAAACAAGUAAAAGUAAAGAAAUGGAACAUCCAACAGAUGAGACUGUUCAAAAGAAACAGGAAGAAGUUAUGGAAUCUAAAGCAAAUCUUUUAAUAGAGAAAGUAAAAGAGGAUGCUGAUACCGUGGCUCUACAAAAAGAGGAGGAAAGGGCCAAAGAUAGGGGUGAAAAUGAAAUGCACAAAGCACAGAAAGAGAAAUGGGAGUCUGAAGCUAAAAGCAGUGAUAAGGAGAAAGAAGUUGAAACAGCAUCUACAAUAAAUAAAGAAGUAAAACUUGAGUCUGAUAAAGAACACAAUAAAAGUGAAAUUGAAAGUAAAAAAGAAGAGGUAGAUGAGAGUACUUUAAUACGGAAAAAAGAAGCUGAAUUGAAAACAAAAAAAGAAAUGAAUGAGUCUGAACCUAAGAAAGAUCAGGCUGAAACUGAAACUCAAGCCAAAGAAUUAAAUGAUGACGCCAAAGAAAAAGAAGAAAAUGAAGGGAUCGAAUCGAUUGCAAAAAAAGCUGACAAAGAAAUGGCUGAUGUGAAGAUACGAGAAAUAGUUAAACUUGAACACAAGACAGAAAUUGAAGAUGCUACAGCAACUACGUCAAAAGAAAAUACUGAAGCCCGUGCAAAAAUAGAAAACGAGAAAGUUGAUGCUAAAGUUAGUAAAGACAUUAAAAAAGUUGAAAAAAAUAUUGCUGAAGAAGAAGAAAAGCGAGGUGAUAUAGAGAAAGAAAGCGACGAAGCUGAAAUCAAGAUCAAAGUAAAGAAGGAGUCUGAAGGCGAAAUCAAAUUUGAAAAAGAACAGAAGGACGUUGAAAUUAAGGCCAAGAAAGAAAAGGAGGACACUGAAGCUAAAGCCAAACAACAAAAGGAAGAAUCUGAAGACACAGUCAUUAAUGAAAAAGACGAAGCUAUAAACGAGGAGAAAGAAACUGAAACCAAAGCCACUAAAGACAAGGAGGACGCUGAAACCAAAGACCAUGAAAAAAAGCAAGAGGCAGAAACCGAAUUUAAAAAAGAAGAGACUGACGCCAAAGCUUUAGAAGAAGAGGAGGCUGUAGCCGAACACUUUCUUAAAAGUAAAGAGGCUGAUGCUAAGGCUAAAGAUAUGGAAAAAGAUCAAGUGAAAGCCGAAAAAGAAAAGGUUCCUGGAGCCAAAGCUUUAGAAGAACAACAGGGGGAUGUUGAAAUAGCCAAGAAAGCCAAGAAAGAAAAGGAGGACGCUGAAGCUAAAGCCGAACAAGAAAAAGAGAAUGAAGCCAAAUGUAACCAAGAAAAAGAGGAAAAAGAAGUCGUAGCCCAUGCUACAAUCGAGAAGGAGAAGGCUGAAACUAAAGUAAAAAAAGAAAUAGAGGAGGCUGAGGUUAACAUAAAAAAAGAACAGGAUGAAGUUGAUACAAAAGCCAAGAAAGAAAAAGAAGAAGCUGGAGAUACAAGUAUUCAUGAAAAAGAGGAAGCUGAAAUUAAAGCACAGAAAGAAAAAGAAGAAGUUAAAGACAAGGCUGAGAAAGAAAUAGAAGUUGCUGAAACCCAAGCCAAUAUAGAGAAGGAAGAAGCUGAAGCCAAAGUCAAGGAAGAAAAAGCUGAUGCCGAAGCUAAAGAGGAAACAGAAGCUAAAGCUAAAAAAGAAAAGGACGAUGCUGAGGCUAAAGCGAAAAAAGAAAAUGAAGAAACUGAAGCUAAAGCCCAGAAAGAAAAAGAGGAUGCAGAAGCCAAGAUUAAGAAAGAAAAUGAGGAAGUUGAAGCUAGAGCUAAAAAAGAAAAAGAAGAGGUUAAAAAGGAAAAAGAGGAUGCUGAAGCAAAAGCAACAAAAGAAAAGGAAGAGGCUGAGGCUAAUGUGAAAAAAGAAAAGGAAGAAGCUGAGACUAAGGCGAAAAAAGAAAAGGAAGAAGCUGAAGCUAAAGCCCAGAAAGAAAAAGAGGAUGCUGAAGCCAAGAUUAAGAAAGAAAAGGAGGAAGCUGAAGCUAAAGCUAAAAUAGAAAAGGAAACGGCUAAGGCUAAAGCGAAUAAAGAAAAGGAAGAAGCUGAAGCUAAAGCCCAGAAAGAAAAAGAGGACGCAGAAACCAAGGUUAAGAAAGAAAAGGAGGAAGCUGAUGCCAAGAGUAAGAAAGAAAAAGAGGAAGCUGAAGCCAAAGCUAAAAAAGAAAAGGAAGAAGCUGAAGCUAAAGCGAAAAAAGAAAAAGAAGAAGCUGAAGCUAAAGACCAGAAGGAAAAAGAGGAUGUUGAAGCCAAGAUUAAGAAAGAAAAGGAGGAAGCUGAAGCUAAAGCUAAAAUAGAAAAGGAAACGGCUAUAGCUAAAGCGAAAAAAGAAAAGGAAGAAGCUGAAGCCAAAGCCCUGAAAAAAAAAGAGGACGCAGAAGCCAAGAUUAAGAAAGAAAAGGAGGAAGCUGAUGCCAAGAGUAAGAAAGAAAAAGAGGAAGCUGAAGCCAAAGCUAAAAAAGAAAAGGAAGAAGCUGAAGCUAAAGCGAAAAAAGAAAAAGAAGAAGCUGAAGCUAAAGCCCAGAAGGAAAAAGAGGAUGCUGAAGCCAAGAUUAAGAAAGAAAAGGAGGAAGCUGAAGCUAAAGCUAAAAUAGAAAAGGAAACGGUUGAGGCUAGAGCGAAAAAAGAAAAGGAAGAAGCUGAAGCUAAAGCCCAGAAAGAAAAAGAGGACGCAGAAGCCAAGGUUAAGAAAGAAAAGGAGGAAGCUGAUGCCAAGAGUAAGAAAGAAAAAGAGGAAGCUGAAGCCAAAGCUAAAAAAGAAAAGGAAACAGCUGAGGCUAAGGCGAAAAAAGAAAAGGAAGAAGCUGAAGCUAAAGCCCGGAAAGAAAAAGAGGAUGCUGAAGCCAAGAUCAAGAAAGAAAAGGAGGAAGCUGAAGCUAAAGCUAAAAUAGAAAAGGAAAUGGCUAAGGCUAAAGUGAAAAAAGAAAAGGAAGAAGAUGAAGCUAAAGCCCAGAAAGAAAAAGAAGACGCAGAAGCCAAGAUUAAGAAAGAAAAAGAGGAAGCUGAAGCCAAAGCUAAAAAAGAAAAGGAAACAGCUGAGGCUAAGGCGAAAACAGAAAAGGAAGAAGCUGAAGCUAAAGCCCGGAAAGAAAAAGAGGAUGCUGAAGCCAAGAUUAAGAUAGAAAAGGAGGAAGCUGAAGCUAAAGCUAAAAUAGAAAAGGAAACAGCUAAGGCUAAAGCGAAAAAAGAAAAGGAAGAAGCUGAAGCUAAAGCCCAGAAAGAAAAAGAGGACGCAGAAGCCAAGAUUAAGAAAGAAAAGGAGGAAGCUGAUGCCAAGGUUAAGAAAGAAAAAGAGGAAGCUGAAGCAAAAGCUAAAAAAGAAAAGGAAGAAGCUGAAGCUAAAGCCCAGAAAGAAAAAGAGGAUGCUGAAGCCAAGAUUAAGAAAGAAAAGGAGGAAGCUGAAAAUAAAGCUAAAAUAGAAAAGGAAACGGCUAAAGCUAAAGCGAAAAAAGAAAAAGAAGAAGCUGAAGCUAAAGCCCUGAAAGAAAAAGAAGACGCAGAAGCCAAGAUUAAGAAAGAAAAGGAGGAAGCUAAAGCUAAGAAAGAAAAGAAAGAGACUGAUGCUAAAGCGAAAAAAGAAAAGGAAGAAGCUGAAGCUAAAGCCCAAAAAGAAAAAAAGGACGCAGAAGCCAAGAAUAAGAAAGAAAAGAAGGAAGCUGAAGCUAAAGCUAAAAGAGAAAAGGAAGAGGCUGAGGCGAAAGCAAAAAAAGAAGCUGAAGUUAAAGCCCAGAAAGAAAAAGAGGACGCUGAAGCGAAGAUUAAGAAAGAAAAGGAGGAAGCUGAAGCCAAUGCUAAAAAAGAAAAGAUGGAGGUUGAAGCUAAAGCUAAGAAAGAAAAGGAACACGCUGAAUUGAAAGCCAAAAAAGAAAAGGAGGAUAAUGAAAGUAAAGAGAAAAAAAAAAGGGAUGAGGCUAAAGCCAAGCAAGAAAAGAAGGAAGCUGAAGAAAAAGCUAAUAAUGAAAGGGCCGAAGCUGAAGCAAAAAUAAAAAAAGAGAAGGAAGAAGCUGAAGCUAAAGUCCAGAAAGAAAAAGAAAAGGAGGAAAAUGAAUCUAAAAAAGAAAAAGAAGAGACAGACGCUAAAGCGAUAAAAGAAAAGGAAGUGGCUAUAAUCCAGGACAAGACAGAAAAAGAUAAGGCUGAGGCCAAAACUAAAAAGGAAAAGGAAGAGACUGAAGUCAAGAAAGAUAAAGAGGACGCUGAAGCCAAAAUUAAAAUGGAAAAGGAGGAAAAUGAUGUAAAAGUAAAAAAAGAAAAGAAGGAAGCUAAAGCCAAAGCAAAAAUAGAAAAAGAGGAAGCUGGUACAAAAGUUAAGACUGAAAAAGAGGAUCCUGAUUCUAAAAUUAAAAAAGAAAAAGAAGAGGCUGACGCCAAAGCUCUAAAAGAAAAGGAAGAAAAUGAAACCAAAGGCAAAAUAGAAACGGAGACAGCUGAAUCUGAUGAAAAAGAAAAGAACGAAUGGGUGAAAUCCGAGCUAAGUGACAAAAAGGAUGAAGAAGUAAAACAAGCUAAAGUUAAAGCUGACGCCGAAUGCCAAAAACGGGAAGCAUUUUAUGCUGGUGCCACAGAACGAAAACAGGAGAAAGAAACUGAUUUUACUAUGCCAGAUGCUACGGCGGAAGCUAGGCUUAAAGAGCAAAAAGAAAGUGAAUUGAAAGAUUGGAAUAAUCUGAGUCGAGUAAAGAAAUCCGAUUCUAAAUACAAAACUGUGAACGUAGAAACAAAAUAUAUAAAAGAAAACAGACCAUCAAAAUCUGAUAAAUAUAUUGAAGACGCAUUCAAGGAAAAUGGGGACGACACAAGAAUAAGAAAACAAACCGAAAUCCCAGAAUACGACGAACCAACAACAAGGAGGAAAUUUGAGGGAAAAGAAAAACCAAGGUUUGUCGACCAUAACCACAAAGAUUAUACAAUGGAUUUCGCACGCCCUUCAGCAUACACAGAAAGAUCGUGCGACGAUGCACCUCUUAGUUUAUUUGAGAAAGAUAGGUAUGGUCGUAGUCCUACAAUUUACAAAGCUCAUACAAUUGUACUAGAUUCUCAACUUCGGUCUUCGAUGCCACCCAUUCCUAACAUUACUCGAAAAGAGGAAUCCGAAAGACGAUCAGAAACGAGACACAGAACAAAAGCAGUAAGCGAAGCUCGCAGUGUGCUGUCAGAAAGACGAUCAAGCGUUCCCAGAGAUCUUAAAAGAAAACCGGUCUUUUCGACGUAUUUAACAGAUAGAACAGCCGUUGAAGGAUCUCGUGUGAAACUUACUUGCAGUGUCCUAUGUUCAAGUGAUUCGACUAUAACGUGGUAUAAAAAUGGCGUACCCCUAGAGAACAAAUUAAAAUAUCGGACUAAAUUUGUGGAUGGUUUAAUUACACUGGAGGUUCUCAAUGCUGUGCCAAGUGAUUCUGCAGAAUAUAGUUGUACAGUCGAAAACGAAAAUGGCUCUAUCAAUUCUUCAGCAAAUCUGAAAGUGUACCCCAGUUUUGAAGCUUCUCCUAUUCCACCGACGUUUACGCGCUCUAUCCGAGAUACAUAUCACCUAGCUGAAAAUGAGUUGGUUCUUGAAUGUCGCAUUCGAGGUCAACCUUUACCUACCAUAACUUGGAUAAAAGAUGGUAGACCUGUGGGUAUGAAUGAAAGAUGUCAGGCUUAUUACCUCGCCGACGGAGUUUGCAGAUUAUCCAUUAGUUCACCAACGCCAGACGACAGUGGAACAUAUAUCUGCAAAGCUGAAAACGCAGUAUGGUCAGAUCAGAUAACACACGUUGUAAGCUUUACCGGUAAAGAAAGUCGGUUAAGCCCGAAUAUAGCUACGCUAGAACGGUCUCACUUUCAGAGACAGGUGAUGGAAUCACGGCGGCCACACUUCACCAACGUUCUAACAGAUUAUAAAGUAGUAAGAGGAGGUACUAUCGGUCUUCAGGUUGAAAUUCGAGGGGCUCCUACAAAAGUGGAAUGGUUACAGGAAGGUCGAUCUGUAACAGAUUUAUACAGAAAUGCGCGGACUUUUGUUGAGCAAGGUCUUUACACCCUUGCCUUAACUGAUGUGACAGAGAAGGAGACAGGCUUGUAUACGUGUAGAGCCUGGAGUACUCAUGGGGCUGUUGAUAUGAACGCUGCCAUCACUGUGGUUCAUCCAAAUGAGAUGGAAGGUAGGGCAGCUAUUAUUGUUGGACGUCCAGAGAAAGAUAUUUUGAUUUCAGUCGGAGAAGAUUUAAACAUUUCGUUCAGAGUACAGGGUGAACCAAAACCCAAAGUGACAUUCAUGAAAGGUAUCAAAGACAUAACGAACACUCAGCGCGUCUGCAAAAUGACAUCUGAUGAUUACGUAAAAUUUACAGUAAAAAGGUCUGUGGUCACAGAUGCAGGUACCUACUGUAUUCUCGCAAGAAACGCGUAUGGCUGCGACAGAGCUUUCGUUACGGUUGAGGUGCGACAAAGAGCUUCUUCUGAAAACUUAAUAACAGAUUGGACGUACCCGAUGGAAGAUUCAGCUUUGUCUGCAGUUGAACGCCAAUACAAAUCUGUGCCCGAACGCAUCCCGGGCGUUCCGACUGUUGUCGAUGUUGGGAACAAUUGGGCCUCAAUAGCGUGGCCCAAGCCGGACAGCCGCGCUACCGCACCCGUGCUGGCCUACAAAGUAGAGAGCUGGCUGCUCGGUAAAGAAGGCGGCGCACGUUGGGUGGAGCUUGGCAUCACGCCCCUGAACUCCUUUGACGCGUUCAACCUCAAACAAGGCGAGGAAUAUCAUUUCCGUGUCACUCCGAGGAACAGAUACGGGUGGGGCGAGUCAGUGCAGACGUCAUCGCCGGUUGGCGUCGGAUUGGCUGGUGCAUCGCCAGAGUUUGUAGAUAUUCUUCCUGGACAGUUGAAAGUUUUAUUGGGGGAGACAGCAACUCUCAGUUGCAGUGUUAAAGGAAAACCAAUACCCGAAGUUGUGUGGAUGAAGAACGGACAUGAAAUCGACGACGAAGAAAGGCGAAUGAAGACAUCUUUCAAUGGUUACAAUUGCAGUCUGGUCAUUAAGAACAUUCAGCCGGAAGAUGAGGCGCGGUACAGUUGCGAGGGGUCGAACAAGCACGGCCGCGCCUCGACAUAUGCGCGGGUGGCUGUCGUCACCGAUCGCUUAGUUUGGGAAGCUGACGCUAAGCUCAAAAGAGAGAGGUCAGCAGACGUCCUGGGUGAAUACCCCCCGCAAUUCACGAUGCGGCUCCGAGACCGGCGAGUGCAAGCAACAUACCCGGUACGAUUGACGUGUCAAGUUGUUGGUAAACCAGCGCCUACACUAAUUUGGUUCAAGGAUGGAAUCGAAGUGAAUUUCGAUAGUCGACACACGGCAUCUCAAGACGAGCUGUUUCAUACGCUGGAAAUAGCUCCAACGACAUUAGAAGAUGGUGGGGUAUACGAGGCGAUGGCGCGUAACAGCUGCGGUGCCGUCUCCUGCCGCUGCAGCCUCGUCGUCGACAAGGGUAUCCGCGCUUACGUCGCGCCAGAAUUCUGUUGCGGACUCGAACCGCUCUACCGAUUGCUCGAAGGUGAAGAACUUAGAAUAUCAGCGGUUGUCGAAGCGUACCCCUCUGUAGGAGUGUCGUGGUACCGCGAUGGCGUGCGCCUGCGACCAAGCCGUAGAGCCAUCAUGACACUGGAUCACGACGGGCAGAUCGAACUGGCGCUCGCGUCGGUCACGCCGAGAGACUCCGGGGUCUACACUUGCACCGCCUCCAACGAAGUCGGUCGAGCGUCAACGUCGGGCAAAGUCGAUGUCAUAGAAGGAGACGUUAAGGAGAAAAAGAGAACUCCGCCUGUAGUCAUCAGUCCUGACGUGCCGUAUUCGAAGGAACCAAUGUUCAUCCGUAAGCCGCGGUCAAGCGAAGCGCACGAGGGUGAUACAGUUAUCAUCGCCUGCGAAGUUGUCGGCGAUCCCAAACCUGACGUCUUCUGGCUAAGGGAUUUCCUAAAGCCGGACUAUUACCGCGACGCGUCGCACUUCAAACGCGUAGGCGCAGGCCCCGAGUACCGCUUCGAGAUUCCGCACGCGAAGCUGGACUACACCGGUGCCUACAGCGUCGUCGCCCGUAACGUGCACGGCGAGGCGAAGGCCAUUAUAUCACUGCAGAUCCUCGCUAGGGAUCCCAGUUCAACGGAAGACCACAACGUGAGAUACGGUCGCGUGGAGGUGAUUCCCCGCUUCGAGCGCAACCUGACGGACCUGCUUAGCUAUGACGGCGACGUAGUGGAGUUCGAGUGCCGCGUCUCGGGUAAUCCCGAGCCCGACAUCAGGUGGUUCCACUACAACGAGUUGAUUCGUGAUUGCGAGUACGUGGAGAGCAGUAUGUGCGAUGGCGCGGUGCGACUGCGUAUCAAGCAAGUAACUGCCGACGACGAGGGCAUCUACACCUGCGAGGCGUCCAAUAGCCUCGGCAAGGCAUCAUCCAGCGCCUGCCUCAUCGUCUACCCGCCGGGAGAGCCCAAUACCUUGAGCCAGCGGCUGCGGCGGCCGCCGGCGCUGCUCUCCGCUGCUUCCACCCCUCGUUCCACCCCACGCACAACCCCCGCGCGCUCUGUCUCGCGGGCCAGAACGCCAGUACCAGACAGAAGAUUGCACAGCCCGUCGCGGCAGAUGGCGCCGAAAUUCUAUACGGUACCGUUCAACAAAGUGGUCGAAGAGGGCGAGACGGUGGUGUUCCAGUGUGCAGUCGGCGGCUUGCCCGCACCCUGGGCCAGCUGGGACAAGGACGGUGUCAUAAUCACACCAUCAUCGCGAAUCACAAUAAAGGAAAAGGACGAGAUGCUUAGGAUUCUUGAGAUAGACGAAGUGACGCCGGAUGAUGUGGGAUUGUACCGCAUCACGCUGGAGAAUGAUUUCGGUCAGGUGGAGGCAUCGGCGCGGCUUGAGAUGAUCACUCACGCGGGCAAGUUCUGCGCAGGAGUCAGGGCGUAUUCCGCUUCGCCACGCCGGGCAAUGCGCCGCCACCACUCCCAGCCGCGACAAGACUGAACUUGAGUGACACAAAUGUACUUACAUGGUGGAAAUGUAAGAACUGAAGGAGAACAUCAGAGAUAUAUUUAUAUAUAUAUGUUUAUAUUAUCACAUUGUUUUGUAUACAUUUCUGCAUUUUAUACAUAAUAUUAUUGUUUAAAGAUUCGGUCAGAAUGUUAAGUUUUUGUUUGACUAGGUGUUUAUUUAUUAGAGGUCGUUCAUUAACUAAUGACGUGUCGAAAAAGUGAAACAGAUGGAAAUAAAAUUUUAGAACUUGCGUCCAUAGAAAGCGGUUGAACUAUUUCGUGACAUUAGUGAAUGGAAGGCCACUGAUUGGUCGGGCUGCAGGAUUGCAAACUGUGGAGUUACCCGUCAUUUGCUUUACAAUACAUUUUUACCGACUUCAAAAAAGGAGGAGGUUCUGAAUUGGACUGUAUUUUUUUGUGUGUUUGAACCGAUUUUGAUGAUUCUUUUUUGUUGGGAAGAAGGUACCUCAGUAUUGAUACCAUUUAAAUUUGAAAAAAAUAUUCCACCUCUAAGGGUGGCGAACUAGAGAAUUUAUCCAGUUUCGCGCAAUUGCCGGCAACCGUUUCAACAAAACUUGGCAAUUAGAUGUAAUUUCACGUACUUUUGAAGUCUUUUUUAUAUAUAAAAAAGUUGUAAUAUUACUAUAAAGUACAUUGUGCUGGUGUAGAAUAGUAAUUUUCAUGUAAUUUGAAUAGUUUUAUUUUAGAACAAAUUAUGUCAACCUUUGGUAAGUAAAGAGCAUUACCAUUUUCUUGUAGUUUUUCUUUGUUUAAACUACACAAAUUCACCGUAUUUGUUUUUAUGUUUAUUGUAAUAUUAUUUAUUGCACUUGCCGUCGGAGUUUAGGUAUAUUGAUUUGUACGUAGUUUAAGGUUACUUUUCGGGUAAUUCAACGAAAGUAGGUACUAAGGAUUAUAGAAUAAGUCGUUUUUUUAAAUAAAGGAAAAAAUGCUGCAUCCCGACCAUGUCCUUUAGCCAAUGGGUAAGUUUACAUUGUCUUAUGUUAAUUGUGUUGUAAUGUGUUAGCUUAUGUGAGGUCCUGACGCCCGACUGUGUGAGGCCAGCCCUGGCGCCCUCUAGUCAGAAAGCGAUGAAAA